CAGUUAGUCUCUUGUCACUCCUCCGUGACUGAGUUAAAGUGAAGCUUCUCUUGCCCGUAGUACCUUUGCUCAUGGCGAGUGGAAAGCAUUUGCUGCUCAUUGCAGUGUUGCCACUCAUGGUAAGAUGUCAAAAACCACAAGUUUUGAUGGUACCUCCAUUUAAAAUGGCCUUCAUUGGGGAUACAGUUUACUUAAAAUGCAAUCCAAGUGCGAGCUCAGUGACAUGGCACAAACCUAAUGCUGAGACAAUCGACGGACAAGACACUUUGAAAGUGAAAAUUAAAAACUCAAACGACGGAGGCUCUUAUUGGUGCGAGACCAGUAGGACAAAGAGUGACCCUGUUUCAGUCAAUGUCAUGGAAUCUGGUCUCAGCGCUUCACUCAUCAUUGAGACAGGCUAUCAGAACAUGUGGAAGGGAGGUGCAGUUAUCCUGAAGCUUGAAAAUAAGGAUGGUCUGAAAGGGUGGAGGUGCUGGGUGUGCAGGGAUGGAGAAAGUCUAAAAAUGGUUUCACUGAAAUUGGAGGGCGUCAAUAACAGUAUAGAGUUUCAAACUGCUGACCUCAAUGUCGAUGAGACUAUUUACUGGUGUACGGAUAAGGAUCGAACUCACAGAAGUAACCAAGUAAUUCUCACCACCUCUGAUCCAUGGAAGCUUCCAAUACCACCUAAGACGGAGGGGAAGUUGGGGAUGGUGUUGGGGAUAUUGUUGGUAUUGGUGGGGAUGUUGGUGGUGAUAGUGGUGGUAGGUUUACGACGUAGGAGAAGAAGUGACGGAGGGCGGAUAUAUGAGGAUGUGGCGCUGAGAUCAAAAGAGCGAGGUGAUGACAAGUAUGAAACUCUGGAGAAGGCAUCUGGGAGGGAGCGAGAGUACGACACCCUUGCAGGAGCAUCAGGCGGAGAGCCGAAAGGUGGCGAAUAUGAACCACUGAAGAAAGGCGAAAUGAAAGAGGGGGUAUACCACACUUUAGGGGCGGAAGGGGCGGCGGGUGGAGAGGGUGGAUACGAAGCACUGAAGAAAGGCGAAAUGAAAGAGGGGGUAUACCACACGUUAGGGGCAGAAGGAGCAGCAGGUGGAGAGGGUGGAUACGAAGCACUGAAGAAAGGCGAAAUGAAAGAGCAGGUAUACCACACUUUAGGGGUGGAGGGUGCAGCAGGCGGAGAGGGUGGAUAUGAAGCAGUAGGGAAGAAGGAUAAGCCCAGUGAGUCUGCAACAGCGGGCGAAUGAAUAAAAAAGGCGCUGCGCCACUGCAGGAGAAACAGGUUUAAUGCUGCAAACCUAAACCAUGCAGAUGUGUUGAUCUCGAUCCCAAAGUUAAGAUUCCUUGAUUUGAUUGAAUGUUUAAGAAAUCUGACAAACUCCAGGAGUCUUUCAGGCGUGAAAGUGUCAAUACAGAUUGACAAUCAAUAAUAAGUAAUGAAAAUAAAUCUGUGAGAGACUGUAGGGAACAGCUAGAGUGAGGUUUUUACAAUAACAAUUUUUUCAAUGGCAGGGAAAAAUGUUUCUAAUAUAUUAAUUAAAUCAAAUGAUACAGAGUAAAAUUUCAGCAAAAUCCAAAAGAGCAGCAAACACUUUGUGACACCAAGUCAA